AUGCCAGCGACCAGGCGGCAGGUGAAAAGUUUUCGACAAGCCCUCCGAGAAUUCAACAGUUCUUGGGAGAACCUUAUCACAAUCAUAGAAAAGUGGGGCAAGGAAGCCAAGGAAUUGCACCAAACGGAGCGGAUUGUGGCGGCUACGGGUAAUGGCGUAGCUGCGGCUGGAGCUGGGCUGACCAUAGUCGGUGGUAUCUUGACGGUAUUCACCUUUGGAGCAGCAACACCUCUUCUUUUAACUGGUAUUGGGUUAGGAAUAGCAGGAGCCACCACAUCUGGUAUAGGAGCAAUCGUUGAGAAGGUGAAGGAGAAAGGCAUCAAAGGUGAGGUGGCCGACGCGCAGUCUGAAUUCGAUAGUGCCAAGGAACGCUUCGAGACCCAGUGCAAGGAGAUGAGGAAAAAUUGCAGCGAUUCCGAUGGCCCAGAGUUGGUCGACGGUAUACAGCUGAGUGACAUCGUACUGGUCUGCGAGGGCUUCGAGGUGUGCUACGGCAUAACUGAAACAGCCGUGAUUGCUACUAAAACCGCUAGAAGUGUGGCAGCAGUGAGUGCACGGGUUACUGCCAGAACUGUAACUAGAGCCGCCGCACAAGGAGCGUUGAGUGCUGCUGUUGGAGGAGUGUUUGUUGUUUUCAACACCGCCCUGAUGGUCAAAUCACUGGUAGACAUCGCCAAAGACAAACCAGGAGAAUUGGCGGAUGAAAUGUUCAGAUACGCCGAGAGUUUGCGCAAAAACCUGGACGAGUUUAGAGACAAAUAUCCCAUCAGUCGGAUACUGUGA